UUAAUUUGUCAGUUUCUUCAGCGAUGCCAUAUUCCGCUCUUCGCCUGUUAUUCACCCUCACUCACUCGUUUCUUGGGUUUCCAUGGCGAAAGGACUUGGAAACGAGAGUAUCCUUGAGCAACUCAAACAUGGAAUCGCCCAAUUCGAGCUUGUCUCUUCGCCGGUUCCUUCCAUCUCGACUUCAAAAUGUUACCCAUAUCCCAUGCCCCUCUUCGCAGACAACAGCCAUCGGUUCUUUGCGAGGAUUGGACAGUCGCUAGGUAAAGGAUCACCGGCGGCGAAAAAAGUUGAGCACUAUUCAGUUCAGAAAGUUACUGGGGAUGGCCGGUGUCUAUUUCGUGCACUGGUCAAAGGAAUGGCUUUCAACAAGGGUAUCUCUCUUAAUGCACGUGAUGAGAGAAAUGAUGCAGAUGACCUACGAACUGCAGUGAAAGAGGUUUUGUGUGUUAGUGAUAAGGAACGGCGUCAGUAUGAAGAAGCAGUGAUUGCAAUUACAGUAGAUGAGUCUUUGAAACGUUACUGUCAACGCAUUGGGCGUCCUGAUUUUUGGGGUGGAGAGUCAGAGCUACUGGUGCUGUCCAAAUUAUGCAAUCAGCCAAUUAUAGUUUAUAUACCAGAGCACGAGCAUCGAGGUGGAUGGGGCUCUGGGUUUAUUCCCAUUGCAGAAUAUGGAAAUGAGUUUCGCAAGGGCUCAAGAAAUGGAAAACCAAGGAAAGUUGUGAGGCUACUGUACAGUGGCAAGAACCAUUAUGAUCUGCUUGUCUGAGACUUUUUCAUGGAAAGGAAUACUGAACAUUGAUACCUACCAAGGACAUGAAUGGUAAGAUGCCCGAAGUAGAAUUAGUGUCUUAUUCCGUUUAUAGUGUAGAAGCUAGAAAAUAAAUGUUCUUGCAAUUUCUGUUGGUUUCUCACUGAGACUGUCCAGUCUUUUCUGUUUUUGGAAGGGGCUGACUGCUUACUCUUGUCUGCUGCUGCGUGCAGCUCCAGGUUAAGGUAUACAAAGUAGUUUGAACCUAUUUUUAGUUUAUAGAGAUUUCAUGACUUCAUCUGAUGAUCUGUACCCCAGAUUGCCACCUGCUUUCCCUUUGUGUUAAGCCCAAGUGAUCAUGAUUUUUCUUUGGUA